UCACGACAGACGUGUGAGCGUGUAGAGUUGAUAAGAUCAGACGCUCAAGAGAUUUUCUCUGUCAGAUGUGAAAGUACGGUAGUAGACAAAUUGGCCAAAUUUUAAUGAUGUUGAGGCAAACUUCCGGUACGACGGUAUCUUAUUUCGAAAUGAUCCGCCGGAUAUAAGUGCGUGUCUUCCUGCUGGUAGAGGAGGGAGCGGCUCGUGGUGGAGCGACGUUCACGCAGAACGGGAGAGGAGCAGUAAACUGGGUGGAUGACGACAUAAGGUCAAGAUGCGUGAAUACAAGCUGGUGGUUUUAGGAUCUGGUGGUGUUGGCAAGUCUGCGCUGACGGUCCAGUUUGUUCAGGGAAUCUUUGUAGAGAAGUAUGACCCCACGAUAGAAGAUUCCUACAGGAAGCAAGUGGAGGUGGAUUGUCAGCAGUGUAUGUUGGAGAUCUUGGACACGGCAGGAACAGAGCAGUUCACUGCCAUGCGUGACCUCUACAUGAAGAAUGGUCAGGGCUUCGCUUUAGUUUACUCCAUCACGGCUCAGUCGACCUUCAAUGACCUCCAGGAUCUCAGAGAGCAAAUCCUCCGCGUCAAGGACACGGAUGAUGUUCCGAUGAUUCUGGUGGGCAAUAAGUGUGACCUGGAGGUGGAGCGUGUGGUGGCCAAAGAGUCCGGCGUGGGCCUCGCUCGCCAGUGGAACUCGUGCGCCUUCUUAGAAACGUCUGCCAAGAGCAAGAUCAACGUCAACGAGAUUUUCUAUGACCUGGUGAGGCAGAUCAACAGAAAGAGUCCAGUUCCUGGGAGAACUCGCAAAAAGUCCACUUGUCAGCUUCUCUAAGGACUGGAGCUGUGCACGCCUGACUGACAUCAACCAAUCAGAGGACAGCUUCCCAAAAGCGCCGCCCCCAGCUAUGUUACAUCAUCUAGUCCAGUGAACUCUGUCGCCAGGACAACCACAUCUCCCAUGCUUCCUCCUCAGUUGCCUUGGAAACCAAAUGACUGUAACAAGAUGGGCCGGCAGGAUGUUUCCCAUCAUGCUCUCUGCUUCUAGUUUUUAUUCUUUCAGAUUUGAGGCGCCAAAGUGAUGUAACGGGUGUGUGUGUGUGUGUGUCUUGUGAGUUUUAUCAUUUUUUUGCUCAUUACUUUGUGAAACUUUAAAAAUGUUUGAUUUUCGGGAGGUGGUGGCAUCAGCAGAUUUUUGCGUCGGCACGUCACGUUUGUAGCGCACAGCUAAGUUCCGCCUCUCGCCGAUCGGCAUAGUUCUGGCCCUACUUUCCAAUGGAAAGUAGGAGUGCCGAUGUUGAUUUGCAUGUAGCCUGUUAGCUCAUGCGUAACAUUGCCAGGUGGCGUCCUUGGCUGUCGGCGGUGUUUUUUUUUUUUUUCUGCCAUUGAGCUGACCUCAGCAACGCAGUUAGCGUCGUGUUUUUAGCUCUGACCGCGACCGUGAGACAGUUUUGACGGUGUUACUGUUUAAAUAUUUUGGCCGCACUUAAUCCGUAUUAGUGCAGGGGUCGGGAACCUUUUCCACUGAGGGAGCCAUAAAUGCCAAAUAUUUUCAAAAGAGCCAGACAAUAUUUCCCAAAACUAAAUAUAGGUGUAUUUGCGCAUUUAUGUAAGAGCGACACUUUUCGAGUCUUUGAAUUCUUUUCAAUGAGGUCGUUGCGCUGUUCCUUCCCAAUAAGCACGAAUGCCACUCGCUGGUGGUGCCCGCUUUCGCCGGUGGCUUUGGAGUCCGUUUUGUACGUCGUUAGAUUUUGCUUGGUGCAGGCGUCGAGACUUCCGUCCGUUUGUCGUGACCGUAAUUCAAUUUGACUUGCCGUCGCGACGGUCCGAUGGUGACCCGUUCUUGCCGACGAGGGCGUGUCUUUUAUUCGUUUGAUGAUCUUGUCUUUCUGCAAAGUUGUCUUUAAAUGUUUAUUGGCAACAUCAAGUAUGAAUCUUUGGCAUACUCCCCAUCUGUGAAGAGCUUUUCAUUUCUCACAAUUGCUCAAGCGCCACCAAAGCUAUCUGAAUUCCAUUCAACUUGUUGGGUCUAAACACGGAUUUGCGGCUGACUUGCUUGGACUCUGAAAAGUAGCUCUCGAUGUGCUUUCUUCGUGCUGGACCCGGCAGGAUAUUUAGAUUUGAUGCAAACGUAGCGAGGCGCGUCGAAGUGAUGCGUUAUAUUUGAGCAUUUCAUCUUUGCAAUUUUAUCAUGAUUAUUUCGUUACACAGCAGGCUGUCCAUUCUUGUUGAGCGACCUUUGUCGAUAGCGUUUCCAUCAUUCUUUGUUCUGACCCAAUCUGCGUUUGACUCUUCUGCGAGUGCAAAAGCAAACUACGGCAACCCCACUAGGACAAAGGGUCUCUUUCUCGUUUGCGUUGCCUACACGACAGAUGUGACAUGUGCAGUACGUGGAAGUUAUGCGGGCUCCGCGAGCCGCAUGGGACCAUCAAAAGAGCCAGAAAUGGCUCGCGAGCCGCGGGUUCCCGACCGCUGUGCUACUGGGUCGUGACGUGUUCGAGCCCAGAUCUGCUGCUGCUUCCUGCGCUGGCCAUGUUGCUUUUGGGCAGCAGACUCACACUGGUCCACUACCCCGUUUCUGUGUGUCUAGUUUGUAUUAUUAACGUGUUUAUGGUCACUAAGUAUAGAAAAGAGGAAGAGUUUUUCAGGAUGAGACUGUUGUUGUGCUGCUUUUACUCUCUGCCUUUUGUUUGACGCUUGACCUCGGUGUUGGUGGAAGAGGAGAUUGUUGAAGCCACUAAAAGCCUUUUACGUCUUCAAAAGUGUUUACAUGUGGGCAUUUUUUUUUUUUUUUUUUUGGGCUGUGCAAGUCAUGUGUAUGUGUCUUCAACUUGUGUGGUGAAGUUGUGCCUUUUGUGUGUAAACUGUAUUGUGUUUGCGGAAUUGGGUGCGUUUGCAUGUAAACUGCAUGGCAGGUGUGACGUGUGUGUGUGUGUGUGUGUGUGUGUGUGUGUGUGUGUGUGUGUGUGUAAGGAUUGUUUGUGUACAUGGUGUAAAUGUAUGGAGGUUUUGUAGUUUUUGCAUGGAUGUGUCUGUCAGCUUAUUGUAUUUUUGUGAUGUGCAUGUUUGUUAUCUUUAGUUUAUGUGUGCGGAAGGUGUGUAAAUUGCGAAUGGAGGUGUGGACGUAUGUUUGUAUGGGGACGUCGUGUGUGUUCGUAUGUUAAGUUUCUUUUUGUCUGGAGUUUGCAUGCGUGCGUUUCAUACCUUAUGAUCUCACUUGUUGGCUUGGUCUCCAUGUGGCGCUGUAUCAACAUGCGAACAGCAGCCGUCUUAAACCCGAGCGGCCACAAAUUAGACUGAAAGAGACAAAGUAUCCCUGUCCCCUGUUCAUUGAGUCGGGAUGUGAUGCUAAAUGAGGCGAAUGAAAAUUGAAUUGACUUUUCUGCAUGUGCGUUGAUGUGGACGACUUGAGCUCACAAAAUUGCUUUUGGUUCUGUUACUGUUUUGGCUGUGUUGCUUCU